UUAUAAGUAUAUAAGUGAAAAUACUAUAAACGUUAGUUGGUUAAGAAUUCGCUCGGUGAAUAUAUUAAAUAUAUUUAUUGAAAAUGGAGACUAAAUUUUCGUACACUAAACGAUGUCCGCAAGAAACUGCAAAUCCAAUUAGUCGAUUAUUUUUUGGAUGGAUAAAAGAUGUAUUUAUACAUGGCACUAAGAGAAGACUCACAUUAUCAGACUUAUAUCAUCCUUUAAGACAAGAUGAAUCUAAAACGAUCACAGAUCGAUUACAAGAAUGCUGGAAUCAAGAAGUUCAAAAAUGGGAACAAAAACAAAAAGAAAUGCAUCACGAUGAAUACUCAAACAAAAGUAACGAUUCUCCCAGUUUAAUGAAAGUUAUAUUUCAUAUCUUUUGGAAAAAAUACUUGUAUACAGGUUUAUUAUUGUCCAUUCAAUAUUUAAUCUUGAUGGUAAUUAAUCCUAUAUUGGUAUCAUGGAUCAUCAGUUAUUUUAAAAUCGAUGAAAAUGCUAAGAGGAUGGAGAAAUUAGAAGUUGUAACUUAUAUCUGCUAUUUAUUAUUGUCUAUAAUAGUGAUCGUGUGUAUCUCGCAUCAUGUGGAUUUAUUAACUCAACAAAUUGGCAUGAGAAUACGAAUCGCUUGCUCCUCGUUAAUUUAUAGAAAAAUAUUAAGACUUAGUAAAGGAGCCUUGACUCAUAUUAGUUCCGGCCAAGUGAUAAAUCUCCUCAGCAACGAUGUCAGACGAUUCGACGAGAUAUGCUAUUAUUUAAAUUAUAUUUGGAUCACCCCUAUCCAAUUUGUCAUAAUUUUUGUAAUAUUGUGGCAUGCGGUGGGAAUUCCAAGUAUAAUCGGUAUAGCAAUCCUUUUGUUAUUAACUGUUCCAACAUAUACCGUAUUCUCCCCAUUGACUCAUCAAUACAGAAAUAUUACUGCUAAAUUAAUUGACAAAAGGAUGCAGCUUAUGAACGAAUUUAUAAAUGGUAUACAGGUGAUCAAAAUGUACGCUUGGGAGAAACCGUUUGAAAAAAUCGUGAAAGCUAUACGCUCCACCGAAAUCCAAAAUAUACAAAAUUCAACAUGUAUUCGUGCAGUAUAUCUGGCUCUUGUUGUCUUUUCAAAUCGUGUAGUUCUGUUUUCAACUCUCACAUCGUUUGUUCUAAUGGGAAAUCAAGUAAGGGUAGAAUUGACAUUUAUGUUGGCCUGUUAUUUCGAGAUGCUUCAAUUAACUACCACCUUAAUGUUUCCACAAGCUCUUUUGUUAAUCGGAGAAACUUUGGUGUCCAUUAAAAGAUUAGAGAAAUUUUUAUUGCUUGACGAAUAUCCAAGCGAGAAGAGAUCACAUCAAAACGAAGUCUUAAAAUUCAACAAAAAAAGUAAUUUAUUGAAAGAGAACGUGGAAAUUAUUAAAAUUACAAAUAGAGGACAAAAUAUAAAUUUGAACAAUGUUGAAGAAGAGGAACAAUUGCCAGUCACAAUAAUAAUGGAACGUGUGUCAGCAAAUUGGAUUCCUAACCAACUGCCACCAACUUUGUGCAACAUAUCUAUGAAGAUUCAAGGUGGAGAACUGUGUUGUAUAGUGGGUCCAGUGGGCUCAGGUAAAUCUUCGAUUUUACAUCUUCUUUUGAAAGAACUCCCUCUUGGAGCUGGAAAGUUGAUGUUUCAUUGUAAGCCAUUUGAAGAGUACAAUGGACAUGACAAUAAUAUUCCAUUGAAGAUCUCUUAUGCAAGUCAAGAAGCUUGGCUAUUUUCUGGAACUGUCAGAGAUAAUAUCCUUUUUGGACAACCUUAUGAUAAAGAUAGAUACAUUGCUGUAACGAAAGUUUGUGCUUUGACGAAAGAUUUUCAACAACUUCCUUAUGGUGACAUGAGUAAUGUAGGAGAAGGUGGAUCUUCUUUAUCCGGAGGACAAAAGGCACGAGUAAAUUUAGCACGGGCUGUUUACAAAAAAGCUGAUAUAUAUUUAUUCGACGAUCCUCUGAGCGCAGUGGAUUCGCGUGUGGCUAAACAUCUUUUUUAUAGAUGUAUUAAAAAUUAUCUUCAAGGAAAGACAAGAAUUUUAUGUACUCAUCAAUUACAGUUUAUUAAAGAGGCAGACAAAAUUGCAGUAUUGGAUAAAGGCUCUAUAGCAAUGUACGGAACUUACGAGGAUUUAUUCAGAUCGAAUGAAAAUUUCAUAGAUAUGAUAAACGUAAUUAAAUCAUCUGCAGAGAUUAAAAUACAAAACGAAAAUGUCGAAUCUUUUAAAAAUACCUCUACAAAAAGGAAAUCCAGCAAGACAAUUGUCCGCAGAUUAUCUUCUAUAAAGUCUACUACCAGUAGCAUGAAUUCGUAUAAUUAUGAAAACGAAGAAUUAGCACCAGAUAAUGAUGAAAUAAUGACAACUAACCAUUCUUCUAGUAAAAUCUUGAGACAAUACUUCCGAUAUGGCGGUUCUUGUUGUACGAUAGUUGCUUUAAUAUUUAUCACUCUCGUAGCUCAAGUAACAGUCAAUGGAAAUGAUUAUUGGGUUUCCUACUGGACAAAUAUCGAAUCUAUAAGAAUGGCUUUGGCGAAUAAUACUCGUCUAUCGAAAAAUCAAUAUUCUUCUUAUAUAUUGAACGAUACUUUUUUAUCAAAUGUGUUUAGUUUGGAUAAGUACGGACUCAUAACUACUAUUGACGCAAUAUAUGUAUAUACAUUUUGCAUCAUUAUAUGCAUUGUAACAGUAUUCGUAAGGAAUAUGUUCUUCAUCAAAGUCUGCGCGAACGCUAGUAAAAAUCUUCACAAUUCCAUGUUUCACAACAUAUUGCAAACAACGAUGAAUUUCUUUCAUUAUAAUGCUUCCGGUAGAAUUGUAAAUAGAUUUUCCAAGGAUUUGGGUGUCGUGGAUGAAGUAUUACCAAGAGUGAUGUUGGAAAGCAUACAAAUAUUUUUAGUGAUAAUAGGUAUCCUUAUUAUCGUAAUGAUAAUGAAUUAUUGGAUGGUUAUUCCAAUAGCGAUACUUGUUACUGUCUUUUACUUUGUAAGGAUCUCGUAUCUUCGAACUGCCAAUGGUGUUAAACGUCUUGAGGGUGUAGCAAAAAGUCCAGUGUUUUCUCACGUGAAUGCUACAUUAAGUGGAUUGUCCACUAUCAGAAGCAGUGGAUCAAACGUUAUAGAAUUAUUACAAAAACAAUUCGAUCAUUUGCAAGAUGUGCACACCGGUGUAUGGUAUAUCAUAUUAGUUGUUCCCGUAGCUUUCGGUCUAUUCAUAGAUUUCGUCACGUGUAUGUUUAUCGCAUGUGUCUGUUUUUCCUUUAUUUCAAUAGAAACAGAUAAUACUCUUGGAGGUAAUGUUGGUAUAGCUAUAUCUCAAUCAUUAAUUAUAAUCGGUUGUUUGCAAUACGGAUUGAAACAAUUGGGCGAAACGAUAUCUCAGUUGACGUCUGUAGAAAGAAUUGUACAAUAUACCAAUUUGCCAAAAGAAGCCUCAUGGACAAGUAACGAUCCUCCUCCAAUAAAUUGGCCGGAAAAUGGUCAAUUGACUUUGAAAAAUGUUUACAUGAAAUAUGACCAGAACGAAGCUCCUGUAUUAAAAAAUCUAAACGUGACCAUAGAAGCAGGCUGGAAAGUUGGCAUUGUAGGUAGAACUGGUGCAGGGAAAUCAUCCAUAAUAUCAGCACUUUUUCGGUUAUUCGACGAAUGUUUGCAAGGAGAGAUUAAAAUUGAUGGAAGAGAUACCAGAACGUUAGGUUUGCAAGAAUUACGCUCACGAAUAUCUAUUAUUCCCCAGGAACCAUUUUUGUUUUCUGAAACAUUACGCUACAAUUUGGACCCGUUUAAAAACUUUGAUGACGCGCUAUUGUGGAAUACUCUUCGAGAAGUUGAAUUAAAUGAUCUUAAAUUGGAUCAAACAUUAAUGCAUGGAGGGAAUAAUUUAAGUAUUGGACAAAAACAAUUGAUAUGCUUGGCUCGAGCAAUUUUAAAGAACAAUCGAUUAUUAGUUUUGGAUGAAGCUACAGCUAAUAUUGACAAUUACACGGAUGAACUAAUUCAAAAAACUAUAAGAAUGAAAUUUGUAAACUGUACUGUUAUUACGAUUGCUCAUCGGAUAAAUACUAUUAUUGACAGUGACAGAAUUAUAGUGAUGGACUCUGGUAAAAUAGCGGAAUUCGGCUGUCCAUACGAAUUAUUACGAGAUAAUCCAAAUGGAAUUUUCUCGCAAAUGAUCAACAAUACAGGCGUAUUUAUGGCGCAAUCUCUUCGUGAUCAGGCGGAAAAUGCGUAUUUGAAAAAAACUAAAAGAACAAGUUUGGACGUUAUACAAACAUGCCCUGCGGAAGAUAAUGUCACAAAUGAUAUAAUCGCGCAGAGCUCUCUUUAAUAUUAGCUUUAAAAUUAGAAAAAUGUGAUAAACGGAAUAUUAAUUUU